GAACUCUCCCGCUCUGUGUUUUCUUUUGAUGCUGUGUUUGACAUUGUUUACUUUAUCAUCUUGAGAUUUGACAGAUUGAUUCCUAGUUCAAUACUCUACAUUCCUAAAGAUACAUAGGAUUCUUUACUUCUUGCAUUCUAACUGAACGUCAAUUCUCCAGAGCUUGAAAGAAGUUACUCACCAACGAGACUAAUUUCUUGUUUUAUAUACCCUAUAUCCAUACGCACACAUACAAGAUGGCUUCUAGCAACAGAAUGGCCGGUACUUCUGUAGAUCCAGAACAAGAAGAGAGAAUCUUCUUAGAAGAAGUUGCUGCUGUUAAGCAAUGGUGGACAGAUGAGAGAUGGAGAUAUACCAAGAGACCUUUUACUGCGGAGCAGAUUGUGGCAAAGAGGGGGAAUUUGAAGAUUGAAUAUCCAAGUAAUGCACAAUCGAAAAAGCUUUGGAAGAUCUUGGAGGGAAGAUUCAAGGAUAAGGAUGCUUCUUAUACAUAUGGUUGCUUGGAACCUACCAUGUUGACCCAAAUGGCAAAGUUCCUCGAUACAGUUUAUGUUUCUGGAUGGCAAUCAUCAUCUACUGCUUCUGCAUCAGAUGAGCCUGGUCCGGAUCUCGCAGAUUACCCAUACACCACAGUUCCUAACAAAGUAGCACAUCUUUUCAUGGCUCAACUUUUCCAUGACCGCAAACAACGAGAAGAACGGGUAAUGACUGCAUCGAAAGCCGAUCGGGCCAAACUCCAAAAUGUCGAUUACCUCCGUCCCAUCAUUGCAGAUGCUGAUACUGGUCAUGGUGGUCUCACUGCCGUUAUGAAAUUAACAAAAUUGUUCGUGGAGAAGGGAGCUGCAGGUAUUCACAUUGAGGAUCAAGCUCCUGGUACCAAGAAAUGUGGACAUAUGGCUGGAAAGGUCCUUGUUCCUAUUAGUGAACAUAUCAAUCGUUUGGUUGCCAUUCGUGCUCAGGCUGAUAUCAUGGGAUCUGACCUCCUAGCUAUUGCCCGUACAGAUGCCGAAGCUGCCACUUUAAUAACCACAACUAUCGAUCCCCGAGAUCACCCCUACAUUCUCGGUUCCACAAACCCCAAUCUCCAACCUCUCAACGACUUAAUGAUAGCCGGUGAGCGUGCCGGUAAAACUGGCGCAGAACUCCAAGCCAUCGAAGAUACCUGGACCGCGCAAGCCAAUCUCAAACUCUUCAACGAUGCCGUCAUCGCCACCAUCAAAUCCAACCCCAACACCAAAUCUGACGAUCUCAUUUCCCGCUUCACAACCGAAGUCAAAGGCAAGAGUAACUCGGAAGCCCGAGCCCUCGCCAAAACCAUCACCGGCGUCGACAUUCACUGGGACUGGGACGCUCCCCGUACCCGCGAAGGCUAUUAUCGACUCCAAGGCGGAUGCGGGUGCGCCAUAAACCGCGCCAUCGCAUACGCCCCCUACGCCGACGCCAUCUGGAUGGAAUCCAAACUUCCCGACUACAAACAAGCCGAGGAAUUCGCCACAGGCGUGCACGCUGUGUACCCGGACCAAAAACUCGCAUACAAUCUCUCUCCUUCCUUCAAUUGGAAAUCCGCCAUGCCGAGAGCCGAACAAGAAACUUACAUUCAGCGUCUCUCCAAAUUAGGCUAUUGUUGGCAAUUCAUCACGCUCGCCGGUUUACACACCACGGCGCUGAUUAGUCAUCGCUUCGCAGAGGCGUAUAGUAAACAGGGCAUGCGCGCCUACGGGGAAUUGGUGCAGGAACCCGAAAUGGAUCUCGGUGUGGAUGUGGUGAAGCAUCAGAAAUGGUCCGGCGCGAAUUAUGCAGAUGAGUUGCUGAAGAUGGUGACCGGGGGUGUGAGUAGUACGAGUGCGAUGGGCAAGGGGGUUACGGAGGAUCAGUUUCAUUAGGGGAUGAGAGGAGAGAGGGGAGAGGGGAGGGGGGAGAAAUGGAGCGCGCUUUUUUUGUUUAUCCGGGAUAGGACAAGAUAGGAUAGGAAUGGAUGGAUGGUCAUUUAUGAGGAUUUGAUAGGAUAUGAUAUGCUAUGAUAGGAUGGAUCAUUUGUUGUAAGAAAAUAAUGCAAAUCUGACACAUUCGAUACAUUUGACUUCUCCCUCCUCUCUCCACCACUCUUUCCCAUUAUGAAAAUUACAGGCAAAGAAUAAAGAGACGUCUCA